UACCUUCUACGAAUGCAACACUACACUGACGUUGCUACGGCGACAGGACGCCAGUGGGGAGAAUGUUGUUUUCUCGGUUUUCUUCACAUGUCUAAGUUCAUGAAGACUUCGGGUCAAAGUUUUAAAGGCGGUGUCCGACAAAUCGUCUCUGCAGCGUGAAACCAUUGCUUGCCGUCAUAAAUGAAGCGCUGCAAAAUCGGCGAGAGAAGUGCAAACAUGUUAGCAUUCAAAUCAACGAGGUUCCAACGAGCUCACAAAUUCCCCCGAGCAUCCCUUGAAAACUUUAUAGAAAGAUUGCCAUACGACAUCCAGAAUAAGAUCCUCUCCUACCUGGAUGCUGGCGCACUCCUCUGCGUCAGCCACGUCAGUAAGACCUUCUAUCAACUUGCCAAUGAUGAGGUCUUAUGGAGGAAUAUAUACAAGCGGCUGCUGAGCAAGAGGCCAAUGAACAUGGUCGGGGAGAUGCUAGAGAAGAGCACAUUGGAGGCCGGAGAUCAACCUUGGGGUUACUGGAAGCUACGCUACUUCAAAGCUCUUGAUGCGUGGAAUAAGAGGAAGUGGAAAACACACAACGGAGUCAUCAGUCGUCACACAGGGUUGCCCAGUCGCGCAGUUCAGAUGCUCCGAAACGUCACCUGGGAGCUGACCGUCACGGACAAAUCCAAAAAUGAAGUCACAUACGAUCUCAGCUGGCUCCGGUUCUUUGAGACCUCUGCGGUGCUGUGCUGGAAUGGAACCCUCUGGCCUGACUUCCAUCAGAUUUCCACCAUUCAGCUCCACGGCGUCAGCAGAGUAGCCCUCAGCUGCCCCGGACUCAAGGCACCUGGCUGGAGGUCGCUCAUGGAUGUGGUGGACAUGCAGAGUGUGACCAAAAGCAUGCAGGACUAUGGCCAGGACCAACUAGUUGAAUUGAAGCUAUUAAAGCCCGACGUUGUCAUGGGGCUUUGGAGGGACCAGCGCAGUGUUGCCUUCGUCACGUUCACCCUCCACUUGUACAUGCUGCUGGAGAGAAGUACCCAGGGAUCUUCUCUUAGUCCCUACGUCGAGCGUGUGCUCGAAGCCCCAUUUGAUGACAUCGAUCCUGAUUAUGGUCUCCACGGAUACCAGCUACACAUAGUUCUCCACAGCACUGAAUGCGAGAUCAUGUCUGCAAGUUUCUCUCAGUUAUUCUGCCGAAGAGAUCAGAUCUGCGAUGGCCAUAUCCAACUUCCUGCCAUUAACGACAGCUGCUUUUCAAAGCACGCACCUUUAUCAGGAAAUGUCACUCUGCCCUGGAGGUGCGAGGCCUUGCGAGGCGAAGUCAAGAAUCGCUGUAUCAUGAGCCUCACUCUUCUCGAUGAGUUCAACAGACCCUUUUGGUGCGUGAGCUCACCAGUUGCCCUGAAGCACCCGGAGAUGCCGUUGUCGCUUUUCCAUGCCGCGGAACACUUCCUCAUCCACUAUCAGGACGCUGAAGGGCAAGUCGUGAUGAAAUUUGUGCAGAUGGAGGAGCAGAAGCAAAUUUUCCUCGUCGGCUUAGUAGUUUACGUGACAACCUGCAAAGUCAACAAGUACUUCAGAAAAGAAUACUAGGCAGAGAAAGCUGUUCUGAUUCUACUAACCGUGCUUAGUAUAAGGCUAACCAUGGUGAUAUCUGCAGUUUUGAGAGCCAUGCAAAAGCAUUGCACAUACACACACACACAUACAGCCACCAUUCAUCACUCAGGAAGCGGACCUCUUUGAACACCGCCUCGAUUUGACCCACUUGUAUUAUGUCAUCAUCUCUCCAUCAUGAGGCCACCUUCAAUACCACACCCAUUAGUGAUGCUCGCCGUCACUUUGGCUGGGCUUUUUCAUAUCUAACUAGCCAUAAAUGUCCAAAGCAAAUGAAAUGAUGUAUUGUAUUUCUGGCAUGCCUGCAUUUUAACAUGAGGACAUUUCCUCGGAAAGCCGCCAAAUGACUUGAAAGUGGCUGUGUCGUCGUAUUUUAAGGAUAUCAUGAGGACAUUGACUUUGUAGUCGCUUUCAGAUGUGGCAGCCGUUUUGAGUAUGCCGUCGCAAUGUUUGUUGCCUCAUAUGAUUUUGUUUCUCUAUGAAUCGAUUGUCCAUCACAGUAAAAAAACAAAACAAACUAACAGAAUAGUAUGCAUAUCGAAUUGGUUGAAGCAGUUUAUUAAGCAGUAUAGAAAAUGGAUGGCCCGAUUUUCUUUUCCUCCUAGCUCAUAAUUUUAAUUGGAAUCUCAUUGGCAAUGUGGUUUACUUCUGAGGAGCGAUCCUGGAGGAAGAGGAAGAAAAUGACCACACGAGGGCAGUAAAGCACUUUGUGGCUGUCACCUUUUGGUUUGAGCAAAAAAGCAACAGCAAAUUUAGUUUUUUGUUUUAAAUUUUUUUAUCCAAAGACAAUUCCAACACUCUUUACAAAA